GUCCGGGACAACGUGUACAGCAUCCUGGCGGUGUGGGGGCUGGGACUGGCCUACCGCAAGAAUGCCGACCGCGACGAGGACAAGGCCAAAGCUUACGAGCUGGAGCAGAGCGUGGUGAAGCUGAUGCGGGGACUGCUCCAGUGUAUGAUGAGACAGGUGGACAAGGUGGAGGCAUUCAAGUACAGUCAGAGCACCAAGGACUGCUUGCAUGCCAAGUAUAACACCCAGACCUGUGCCACUGUGGUGGGGGACAAUGAGUGGGGCCACCUACAGAUGGAUGCCACCUCCCUCUACCUGCUCAUGCUGGCGCAGAUGACAGCCUCAGGCCUCCACAUAAUUCACAGCUUGGAUGAAGUCAACUUUAUCCAGAACCUUGUGUUCUACAUUGAAGCUGCCUACAAAACUGCGGACUUCGGGAUAUGGGAGCGUGGGGACAAGACGAACCAAGGCAUCACUGAGUUGAAUGCCAGCUCUAUCGGCAUGGCCAAGGCUGCCUUGGAGGCAUUGGAUGAGCUGGAUCUCUUUGGAGCAAAGGGAGGCCCACAGUCAGUGAUACGGGUGCUGUCAGAUGAGGUGCAGCACUGCCAGUCCAUCCUCCACUCAAUGCUGCCCAGGGCCUCCACGUCCAAGGAGGUGGAUGCCAGUGUGCUCUCUGUCAUCUCCUACCCAGCAUUUGCUGUGGAGGACAGUGAGCUGGUGGAAAUCACCAAGCAGGAGAUCAUCACAAAGCUGCAGCACCUCUUUCCGCGCUAUGGCUGCUGCCGCUUCCUCCGGGAUGGAUACAGGACCCCCAAAGAGGACCCCAGUCGCCUCUACUAUGAACCUGCUGAGCUGAAGCUGUUUGAGAACAUCGAGUGCGAGUGGCCUCUCUUCUGGGCAUACUUGAUCAUUGAUGGGAUUUUCAGUGGAAACAUGGAGCAGGUGCAGGAGUAUCGGGAAGCCCUUGAGGGGGUUCUCAUCAAGGGGAAGAAUGGGAUACGCCUGAUGCCAGAGCUGUACAGUGUCCCACUGGAUAAGGUGGAUGAGGAGUACAGGAACCCCCACACCGUGGACAGGAUACCCAUGGGCAAGCUGCCGCUCAUGUGGGGGCAGUCUCUCUACAUCCUGGGCUGUCUGAUGGCUGAGGGUUUUCUAGCUCCUGGUGAAAUAGAUCCCCUCAACCGCCGGUUUGCAACAGUCCCUAAGCCUGAUGUGGUGGUCCAAGUGUGCAUCGUGGCAGAGACGGAGGGGAUCAAGGCAAUCCUGACGAAGGAUGGCAUCGAUGUGGAGACUGUGGAAGACAUGUACCCCAUCAGAGUGCAGCCUGCUCGCAUCCUCAGCCACAUCUAUGCCCGGCUGGGCCGUAACAAGCAGAUGUGCCUGACCGGACGGCCCUACCGGCACAUGGGUGUCCUUGGGACCUCCAAGCUCUACAAAAUCAGGAAGAACAUCUUUACCUUUACCCCACAGUUCUUAGACCAGCAGCAGUUCUACCUGGCUCUUGACAACAAGAUGAUUGUGGAGAUGCUGAGGACGGACCUCUCAUACCUGUGCAGCCGCUGGAGGAUGACUGGGCGGCCAACUAUCACCUUCCCCAUCUCCCACACCAUGCUCGACGAAACCGGCAGCAGUGUGCACCCCACGGUGCUGGCGAUGCUGCGGAAGCUGCAAGAUGGGUAUUUCGGUGGUGCAAGGGUCCAGAUGGGUAAAUUGUCGGAAUUCCUGACAACGUCUUGCCGAACGCACCUCAGUUUUAUGGACCCUGGGCCAGAGGAGGACACCGAUGAUGAGGUUGCUCAGUACCUGGACCAACUGCUGCAGCACACAACUCCCCGGGCGAAUCUGCCUCCCACUGCCCAGCAGGGAGGGCUGAGUCGCUUCCGGGCUGCUGUCCACACCACCCGGGACCUUAUGUCCCUGGCGUCCAAGGCCAAGGACCUGCAUGUCCAGAAUGUUGGGAUGUAUGUCCCCAGCAAGAUCUUCCAGUCAUCCCAGCAAUCAGUCAAGCUGCUGGGUUCACCUGACCAGCAGGACGUGGAAGGCAAGAGCCAAGCACUCUAUGCAGAGAUGAGCCUGCCCCAUGAUAAGGAUGGCAAUGUGGACUGCAAGGCACUGGUGGACCAGCUGCGCAUCUGCCCCACACUGCAGGAGCAAGCAGACAUCCUCUACAUGCUCCACAUCCUCAAGGGGCCCGAGUGGCACACAGGGCUUGAUAGCGAGCCUGGCCCCACCGUCAAGGAGCUCCUCACUGAGCUGUAUGUGCGUGUGGGGGACACGCGCCAGUGGGCCCUCAUCCGCUACAUCUCUGGCAUCCUCAAGAAGAAGGUUGAAGCUCUGGAUGAGGCCUGCACUGACCUCCUGUCUCACCAGAAGCACUUGACAGUGGGGCUGCCUCCAGAGCCACGUGAGAAGACAAUCUCUGCCCCAAUCCCGUAUGAGGAGCUCGUUCGCCUCAUUGAUGAAGCCAGUGAGAAGAACCUCAGUGUGUCCAUCCUCACCCAGGAGAUUAUGGUGUAUUUGGCCAUGUACAUGCGCACACAGCCUGCACUCUUUUCCGAGAUGUUCCGCAUCCGCAUCGGGCUCAUCAUCCAGGUGAUGGCAACAGAGCUGGCACACUCCCUGCGCUGCUCGGCUGAAGAAGCCACAGAGAACCUGAUGAAUCUCAGCCCAUCAGACAUGAAGAGCCUCCUCUACCACAUCCUUUCUGGCAAGGAGUUUGGUGUGGAAAAGAGUGUGCGUUCAGUGGACUCGUCAUUCACCACUGCUGUCUCCAUCCGUGGCAUGGAGGCUGCUGGGACCACCAGGCCUGAGCGCAGCGGCCUCGUCAGGCUGAAAAGUGAAAUCAAACAGCAAUUGGAUAGACGUAGGCAGUCUCUGCCUGGGAGUAAGCCCCUCAGUUUGCAGCCUGGGGAGACCAACCUCAAGUCGUCUCUGUCUGUUGGGCAUGCGGAGCUGCUGAGCAAGGACUCCUUUACAAGCAUGCUGGAAGACCAGGCCAGUAAGGAUAGCCGGCAGGGCCAGUGGCAGCGGAGGCGGCGACUGGAUGGGGCCCUCAACCGUGUCCCUGUGGGCUUCUACCAGAAGGUCUGGAAGGUCCUGCAGAAGUGCCAUGGCCUAUCUGUGGAGGGCUUUGUUCUCCCCUCCUCAACAACCAGAGAGAUGACACCAGGGGAAAUGAAGUUUGCUGUGCAUGUGGAGUCUGUCCUCAACCGUGUGCCCCAGCCAGAAUACAGGCAGCUGCUGGUGGAAACUAUCUUAGUGCUCACCAUGCUGGUGGACAUGGAGGUGCACACCAUUGGUGGCAUCAUAGCUGUGGAAAAGAUUUUGCACACAGCCAACGUCCUCUUCUAUGAGGAGCAGAAAGCCCUGGGUGCUGAUGACCACAUGCUGGAGAGGGAUCCUUCGACAGGCAUCUGCAGCCUUCUGUACGACAGUGCUCCGAGCGGACGGUUUGGCACCAUGACAUACCUGUCCAAGUCGGUGGCCUUGUAUGUGUAUGACUUCCUGCCCACUGAUGGCUGCUCCAUGCAGUAGCUCUCGCAGCUCU